UCGGCCGUGCACGUGUUGUGUGUCAGCACUACUCGAGUGGGACACACUGCUCGCAGCGAGGACUAGUGUGGAGUUGAAACUAGUCUCACUAUUCACAUUUGCACAGUUUUAGAUAAUAGUUUGGGAUUCAUAGCGCUAUCUGCUGUCCUUCAUGCUCAGUGAUUACUUUAAUAACCACUAGCUAGCUAGUUUGACCAGCUAACCUACUUUUUAGAGUCAUAUGUCUGUUUUAAUAACCUGCCUUUGUAACGUUAACGCGGAACAAAAAUACGUUUACUAUUAGCGUUAAUCAUUCAGAGUACUCUUGUCGUCUGCUUCGCUGUUGACAACAAUGAGCAGUGUGAAGGAGGAAACCCGAAGUGCCUCACCUCACUGCCCCAAGCCGGAUGAGUCUGAGGAGCCACUGGGCACAGCCAUGGAGACGGAAGCUGCAGAGGACGUCUGUGUGAAAUCUGAGGAUAUGAAUUCUGAAGUGGUCAUCACUAAGGCGAUGGAAGAGGAAGAGAAGCAGCUGAUGGAGGAAGGGGAGAGGAAAGAAAAGGAGAUGAUGGAAAAGGCUCGGGAAUCAUGGCAAAGGGAUUCUCAUGACAUGCGCUACAAGAGACUGCAGCAUUUGCUUCAGAAGAGCAACAUCUACUCUAAAUUCCUGCUGACUAAAAUGGAGCAACAACAGAAUGAGGAAAAACUCAGGAAGGAGAAACUUGACAAGAAAACCAAGAAGAACGCAAAUAGUGCAGAGCCUGAGAAAGUAGAUAAAAAGAAGAGGAGGAGGGAUGACGACUACAAAAUAGCAGAUGUCAUGUCAAAAGAAGAAAUAAUGUCACAGUCUAAGAAAGCAAAGGUGGAGGAAGAGAACGGGGCACUGACCCAGAAGAAACUAGAAGCUGAGGAUAUUGAGAAGAUGAGCGAUUCUAACCAAGACAUCAAGGACCGUCUGUCAGAGAGUGUGCGAGAAAAUGCCAAACAUCUCCUGCAUCCGCACAGGAAGGUGAAUGGCCAGCCGGUCCCUGCCCAGCAGCCACAGCACUUCACUGGUGGGGUCAUGAGGUGGUACCAGAUCGAAGGCAUCGAAUGGCUGAGGAUGCUGUGGGAGAAUGGCAUCAAUGGGAUCCUGGCUGAUGAGAUGGGACUGGGAAAGACCAUUCAGUGCAUCGCUCAUGUUGCCAUGAUGAUAGAAAAGAAAGUGAUGGGCCCCUUCCUGGUGGUGGCCCCUCUUUCCACUCUGCCCAACUGGAUCAGUGAAUUCAAACGCUUCACACCAGAGGUGUCUGUGCUGCUUUACCACGGCCCAGAGAGAGCCAAACUACUGAAGCAGAUCCGUAGGCCUCAGGGGCCCCUCAACAUGUGUCCUGUGGUUGUCACCUCCUUUGAAAUCGCCAUGAUUGACAGAAAAUUUCUGCAGCGUUUCCAGUGGAAGUACCUGAUAGUGGACGAAGGCCACAGGAUCAAAAACCUCAACUGUCGGCUGGUACGGGAGCUGAAGAUGUUGCCCACCGAUAACAAGCUGCUGCUGACUGGUACACCACUGCAGAAUAACUUGGCUGAGCUCUGGUCCCUCCUCAACUUCCUUCUGCCAGAGGUCUUUGAUGACCUCAAGAGCUUUGAGUCAUGGUUUGACAUCGACACCCUGGGUGAAGCUGAGAAUGUGGUGGCUGCUGAGCGUGAGCAGAACAUCCUGAGCAUGUUGCACCAGAUUCUGACUCCAUUCUUGCUGAGGAGGCUGAAGUCAGAUGUGACACUGGAGGUUCCUCCUAAGAAGGAGAUAAUUGUUUAUGCUCCUCUGACAGCCAAGCAGGAGGUCUUGUACACUGCUGUGGUCAACAAAACCAUCGCCAAGGUUUUAGGAAAAGAAAAGACAGAGGCUCCUGCAGUGUUGACGUCAAGUGGCAGGCCGAAGCGUCGCACUCGAAAGGUGGUGAACUACACAGAAACAGGUGAAGACACAUCACAGGACCUGGAGAAAUAUUUUGAGAUGGUCUACACUGAGAAUGAGCAAAGCUUCUUUCCAGUGCAGGAUAUCCAGAGCCCGCUGGACACCCACAUCAACCUGAAGCUGCAGAACAUUCUCAUGCUGCUAAAGAGAUGCUGUAACCACCCUUAUCUGGUGGAGUACCCCCUCGAUCCUGCCACACAGGAGUUCAAGAUUGAUGAGCAGCUGGUGCAGAGCUCUGGGAAGUUUCUCAUACUGGACUGCCUGCUGCCUGCACUGAAGGAAAGGGGACAUAAGGUUCUGAUCUUCAGUCAGAUGACGUCCAUCUUGGAUAUUUUGAUGGAUUACUGCUAUCUGCGGGGCUUCCAGUACAGCAGACUCGACGGCAGCAUGUCAUAUGCAGACAGAGAUGAAAAUAUGACCAAGUUUUCCAGAGAUCCAGAGGUGUUCCUGUUCCUGCUGAGCACCAGAGCAGGUGGACUGGGGAUCAACCUGACAGCUGCUGACACUGUCAUCAUCUUCGACAGUGACUGGAACCCUCAAGCUGACCUGCAGGCUCAGGACCGCUGUCAUCGAAUCGGGCAAACCAAACCAGUGGUGGUGUACCGCCUGCUCACAGCCAACACCAUCGACCAGAAGAUCCUGGAGAGGGCUACAGCCAAAAGGAAGCUAGAGCAGAUGGUCAUCCACAAGAAUAAGUUCAAAGGUGGGAGGGCAGAGCUGAACCAAGGUAAAAGCUGCAUUGAUCUGGAUGAGCUGAUGGAGCUGCUCAAAGCCAGAGGCACUGAGAAGGAAGUGAAAGCAUCAAGGGGGAAAGUGAUCAGUGACAAGGACCUGGAAGUUUUGCUGGAUCGCAGUGACUUAAUGGACAAAGGAAGUGGGAGCACGAAGAAAGAGAAGGUGGGCGUCUUCAGAGUGAUCGAUGACAGAGAGUCAUCAGAGAUCAUGUUGACCUGAGCACUUGAAAUCUUCAGAUAGGACCUUGAGACCAGAUUUCUGCUGCACCUACUGAAGAUGGCUUAUAACAACUGUCACGUGUAGUAGAUAUUGAAGCUUCCAGAAAGUACUCUGAAACAGCUGUUUGUAGACUGAAUAGUGUAUUUUUUUUCUUUUUCUUUCUUUACUGACUUGAUAGUCCUGUUUAUCAGGUGUUUUGUGUUGAAAACAGUCUAUGUACCCUGUUUAAGACUCAACCUCCAUCAGGGUUCUAAAGUCUGUCAAUGAUCAUUUUCAUGCCAAAAGAUGAAGAAAAAAGGGUUCUGUUUGUGUAGAUGGUUGAGUUCAUUUUCUCCUUGCCAGUGCCAUCAACAUGAUCACAGGGCACUAGAACCUUCUAGCAAUACCCACAACACAUUAUCUUUAUUUUAAAUUGUCCUCUGACUGUUAACAUGCACAUGGUCUGUGCAUCUGUUUAACAAGAAAAAGCUAUAGUGACAUGAUUUAAUUGAGUUAGUCCUCUUCAGUUUUAAAUGUCCAUUCGAAACAGAUGAUCUUUAAAUAUGUUAUCAUAGCACUUUCAUGCAGGUUCAGCAUUCAUUUUCUUUCAUAUCUUUUUUAUAUAAAUAAACCGUGGCCUCAUA